CCAGGGUUUCAAACACACAUACAUGGAGACAAUAUUUUUUACAACUAUGGCUGAACUUGCCAGUAGAUCCAUGUCUUUCCUCGUGGAUAGAUACCUGAAGCAGAGGGCAGCGCCAACCGAGGAGGAGAGGCUGCGCAGCCUGCAACGACUGCUACUGCGGCUUCGAGUCGUUGUUGAGGAGGCAGAUGUCCGGCUCAUCGCAAGCCAGGCCAUGCUGCAUCAACUCAGCACACUGAAGAAGGAGAUGUACAGGGGGUAUUACACCCUCGACAUCUUCAGUUGCCGAGCUCAUAAUGGAGAAGACAGAAGAAAAGAUCAUGAUGUCAUUUACUCCUUUACCCCAUCUGGGUUCAACCCUGCCAAGCGUGUAUGUCUCUUCAGAGGCAACAGUAGAGGUGCAGGGCAAGCUAAGCUUCUGGAGCAAGUUCUUGGCAGCGUAAGGGACACCAUUGAAGAUAUGAGUGAGUUUGUCAUAUUUCUAAGCAGAUGCCCACGUUUGCACCGGCAACCAUAUAGCAUGUAUCUGCUUCUAAACAAGUGCAUGUUUGGACGCCAGAUGGAGAUGGAACGUAUCAUGUACUUCCUAUUGCAGGAGGAGAGUGCCCCAGGCGCUGGUGAAUAUCUGGCUGUCCUGCCGAUCAUCGGUCCAUCUAAAGUUGGAAAGAGCACCCUGAUCGAGCAUGCUUGCGAAGAUGCAAGGGUGCGCAACCACUUCUCUCAGAUUUUGUGUUUCAAUAGCGAUGAUCUUAAAGCUGAAAGUGUAGAGACCAUAAGAGAUGGAGGUAGAAUCAAACAUCAAAACUGUGGCAUGGGCGGUGGAAGGACACUGAUCAUCAUCGAUCAACUUUUGGAUAUCAAAGAGUCUUUAUGGAAAAGGUUGUAUUCAGACGCUAGAUGUGGCACCGUGAGCGGCAGCAAGAUCAUAGUUGCAAGCCGAUCCGACAAGAUUGCAAGCUUUGGAACCACACAUCCCCUCAGGUUACACUUCUUUACACGGGAAGCAUACUGGUACUUCUUCAAGGUGCGUACUUUUGGGAGCACCAGCGCAGAGGACCACCCGGAGCUCACAACAAUAGCCAUGGACAUUGCCAGGCUGUUGAAUGGAUGCUUGCUGGGUGCGAACAUCUACAGUGGACUACUGAAAGCAAACUUUAACCUCCGUUUCUGGAGAAUGGCCCUUGCAACCCUCGGGAAUAUCCAUCAGAAGAAUGUCCUGCUGUAUGGGGAACGUUUUUCUGAUGCUUGGGAGUACGAGGAGCCGGCAUAUCUCAGGAGAGCGAAGAAAACUUCUUCCGAAUACUUUGUAAUUUUCUCUACUUACCAGACAUGUUCUGCUGAAACUGAAGCUGAAGAUCCGAAGACGAUGAGCGUGCAAGACCUUUUGUUUGGAAGGGUUAGGCCUCCAGCCGAAUUCAAGGUCCGUGCACUGACAUCACACCUGCCGCCUCACUACAACUACAUGUUUAACUGUGGGAUGCAAGCGCUUCCAAAAAGAGUUGAGUAGCAGCUGUGGUUAAUUGUCUAGUCUGUCGUGUUGAAUCCCAUUGGUGCUGUAAGUGGCUGCGUCCAGCGCUUUGCUGGUUCAGUCUCCUGCUCUGAUGUUCCAGUCCGGUCAAUGUGCUAUGUGUUCUGGUAUCCUUGUAUGUUGUGUCCGGUGCAAUUAGC